CUCACACACACGUUGACCAUCUCCACCAAACCCUUCCUUCAUUCACCAUGCUUAAUUCACUCCUCCUCGUACCUCUGCUCGCUGUAUCAGUCAUCGGCGCCAACAGCACCCCGCUACUCUUCCGGCGCCAAACCCAGACCCCAUGCUCUGAGCUGGGCCAGAAAGAGUGUGGCAACGGCUGCAUCGACCUUACCGACACCUGCUGCCCCAGCGGGAUCGGCGGCUGUCCCCUUGAUACCUACUGCUCCCUCGGCAAUAACGGAGAGUACGGCUGUUGCGAUGUUGGACAGACCUGCGAGGGUGACGGCGGGGUGGAUGAGUCUACGACGAUCCUGACAUCGACCAUCACCGACGAGUUUACUUCUACACAAACGAUAGCUGGAGAGACAUCGACUAUCGGCUACGACGUCACUUCGAUCGUGACAUUGACAUCGACUGAUACAGAGGACGACACUGACACUAACACUGACGCUUACGGUGCGACCUCGACCUCGAUUCUGAUAACCACCUCGGCAUCGCCUUUAUCGUCCAUUGCGACUCCGCCGGUACUGCCAUCUUCGCAGACCUCAAGGCCGUCUUCCAACAUCACCACCGGAAGCCCCAGUGCGUCCGUGCUACCGCCUGAGUCUACUGGAGGGGCAGAUGCUCGAACUCAGGGCCUCUCUGGCUGGUUGAUUGCAGUCUUCCUGCCGCUACUCCUCGCUUGAGUUAGGAAUUGGUGAUGCCGAUCAUGUGCAAGAGUCCUGCUUAGUUUUAUCACCGUGUUUAUAUAGCAAGUCCUAAUAAUGGAAGACGUUCCGGGUG